ACCGUAACGUUCCAUUUCGAGGCAAGCACGUAUUGUGUCUCUCUAUCGUGUUCGCAAUAAGGACAGUGUAUUAUCGCUACUGCGAAUCCUGGUUACAUCGAAGUAUUCUUACUUAUUAUUACUCAUUUCUUGUUAUUCUUGUCAAGGUUAUUGUUGUUUCUUUACAUUGUUAGGUCACAGUUACUUUCGUUUAAAUAGUGUACACUUACUUUAACUGCCGUUUCAGACAAUUAUGCGCAUCACCAUGGAUCAAGUUCGGAAAAGCUCGGGACUUUGCGUUCGUCGGAAGAAACGCCAUGGUCACGGUCUCGGGUGUCUAUGCGCGAUUCUACGACUGGAACAGCGGAGAGACGCGGAUCGAGAGGUUCGAGGGCCGCCAGAGGGGAGACGGUGCAUCCUGCGUCGCCGGACUAUCGGUGGCGCCGAUUUUCUCCCUGGUCGAGAGGAAGUCGAAUCCCAGGAUCACGGUAUUCGCGUACCCGUCGUUGCGACAAGUGGCGAGAUGCGCGAACAGCCAGGAGGCCAACGGGUACGCGUGCUGCGCGUUCGUUGGCACCGAAUAUCUGCUCGGCCAAACCAUCUACCCCGAUUUUCGGACGAUCUUGUGGCACUGGAGAACGGGCGAACGACUCGCGACGACCGAUCCUGGGACCUUCGCAAUGGAUCCCGCUGCAGAUCUGUGCGCAACCUUCGCAUGCUCGUCGGAUUCGCCGCUGCUGAUGGCGCGGAAGCUUUCGUCGGACGAUACCGCAGCAACAGACCUAGCGAUUUUCCGCGUCCUAAGCUGCUGCAAGUUCGUGCGAUUGUUUCCUAUCGAAACGAGCGGUAUCUCGGAUCGUGAACCAGUCUCCGUUUCCUGGACCUCCGACGGGACACUGCUUAUCUGCGAUCGACUCGGUAACGUCGAGGCAAUCGAGGUCGACGAAGAUGAGGCUCGACGCGUUGGGACGGUGGUGCGAUCGUCUGGCCAGCCGGCGAGAAAUCCUGUCCUGGUGGCUCACAGGGAUGGAGCAAUGCUCGUCGUCGUUGACGAGUCGGAUCAUCGAAACAUUCGCGCAACGUUUUUCAGAAAAGCGACGACUGAUCGAAACGAGUCCUGGCGGCUGAGCUGGUCCAUCUUGCUGCCGUCGUAUCCCAGUCGGGCGGAGAGCGAUCCGCGAGGCGACAGGAUUAUCCUACUAGGGGAAGGUGGCGAGACGAUGGUGAUCAUCGGCGAGUCGCGUGAUCGCGAUCGCGAUCGUCCGCCACGACUCGAAACACUGGCCAGAGACGACGUCGUCGACGCGACUGCUAUCGCUCCGCUUCAGGGCUCAUACUUUGCAACUUUGUCCGAUCGUCGACGUAGCCGGUUGCUCGUUGUGAACGCGGCAACUGGAAUAGUCGUCUGUCCGAAGAAUCGUCGCCUGUCGUUGAAUCAUCACGGCGAAGUGACACACUUGGCCUCGCAUUCUUCCUUGCCGAUUCUGGCGACGUGCAGCGACGCUGGAAAUUGCUUGGUGGUCGACGCCUCGGCGCCUUGCGCUCCAAAGAUGCUGGGCUGCGCUCAUCUGCAGACGGAACCGUUGGACAAACUCAAAUUCUCGGUAGAAGGCAGCUUGCUUGGGGUCGGAUCUUCCAAAUUGGGCCGAUUGUUUCUUCUAGGACCAAUGGCCAUCGGCUCGAUGGGCCUAAAGGUUGCGGCCGCGUUCAAUGUCGGUCGUCAGGUGGUCGACUUUUUGAUUUACAGCACGGAUUCGCGUUUCUCCUGCGAGGCAAAGGUAUUGGUUCUCGUUGGAGCGGAGAAAAGGCAUGCCCUGGUAGGUGGCACGAUCGCGGUGUUCUCGUGCCCCCUGAACGGAGAUUUUCGCGAGAUCGCUGGACCUGAUCACGCGAUAACUACUUCGUUUCUCUACGAAAGCCUGUUCGAUGAGGGAAAGUCGGUGCUCGCGGUCCCGUAUCUCUCGAACGAGUUGCAUCGAAUCGAAUUCGAGGCAGAAUUCCGAGAGGCUACGCUGAUCGACGUGGUUCCGUCGCUCCAUCGAACGAGAAAUCUUGGGAUCGGUCUGCAUCGCAGAACACGCGACCAUGCUCUGUUGCUCGCGUGCGGGUACGACGGAUCGAUCGUGGUACGAGAAAACACGUUGCGAGCUUUAUUGGUAUUCGUGGCUCAUCACAGAAGCGAGGGCGGCACUCGGAGCGCCAUGCUCGUCGGCGACGCGAUAGUUUCCCUUGGUCGAAACGGGGACUUGGUCGCAAACAGGCUGCUGGAAGCGAUCAUUAAACGCGGUCCCGAUUUACCGUGUUCGACAACUCCGAGCGAUUCCACCCGAGGGAUCGCACACGAAAACGAUUCCGAUCCUGCUCCCGAUCGCACAUCUAGAAGCGAAAGCGAGUCGACCACGACCACGGAGGAAGAAGACUGCUCGAGCGAAACGUGGAUAGAACGGAGCAUUCGCAAACGAAACGCCGCCGAAAAACAGCAAGCCCUCUCGUCGCGUCUCUCGAUCCUCGAGGAUCUGAACGGACUGAGUCAACGGAUAAAGGCGUUGCUCGAUUCGAACGAAGAAGAGACUCCGUCGGCGAGGCUUCCGACCCGUUCGUUCGAUCUCGAUCUAGAAGCUCGAGCGCGCAAACUGGCAGAGGCAAAGUCGACCGGAGAACGACUGUUCGAGACUGGCGAGCAGCUAAUCGAGCGAUGCGAUCGGACUAGUAUAUAUCUGCGAGAAAGGUUCUUGGAACCCCUGCGCGUUCCGCCGAGCAGCAUCGCCUCCGUUUUGGGCGAGACGAAAGUGACCAACUACCCCCUCGGCGAAGUGACUUCAAGGGACGCGGAUCUGCUGUCUUGGUGUCGGUUCUCCGAGGCGACCAGACAGGCGGUAUCGAGGUUGGAGGCAGAGUACGAAUCGGAGUCAUCGAACCAGGGAAACCCGCCAAACCAGCCGGACUUGUUCGACUCGCGCCGCGGAUACGUCCAGGUUCGAGAGGCCAGCGUCCUAGCAAAUGACAGCGAAUGCGAUGCAAAAAUCCGUUUCAACGAACUGUACGAGGAAACCCGAUCGAUCAAACAGAGUGAGACAAAGGCAGCGAUCGCGCUCGCCGAGGAAACGCGUCGAUGUGUCAUCGAACUGAUGCGAACGUUUCACGUGGACGCGACAGAUCGGGUACCGGAUAUUUCUCUAUGGCAUCGAACCGUGGAAACGUCCCUCUUCGAUGGCGAUCGGAUCGAACCCGUGAACAAUGAGAACAAAGCGAACAAAGAAGAUGGAGACGAGAUAGCCUUCGACUUGAAAGAUUAUGCGUUUCGUGGGUCGACGCUCGAGCGUAUGAUGGACGGUGUACUGGAAGUCGGAUUGGAAGAAAAAGCGAAGCGAAUCGUGCCCGUGCCGGAGUGUCUUGCCAACGACAACGACCCGUCCAGUUACACGAGCGAGGAUCUAGAGGCGAUCGAGACUUACGAGAACAAGUUGGGAAUGUUACGAGCCGAUCGUCUCGCGUACAGGUCGACGUUGGAAGAGAACAUCGACCGAGCGACCGGAGAAUUUUGGAGCCGCGCGAGAGCGUUCGACGACCGGUUGAACGCGCUGGCAGCGGAAAAGAUUCGAAUCGAGCGAUCCCUGCUCCUGGAGAGGUUGACCGGAACAUGGACGAUUCUCUGGCACCGUCGAAUCGGCAGACGCAGACGAGAGAUUCGACUCGCGAACGAGCGUUCGCUGGCCCCGGCGAUCAAGCGGGUGCGCGCCCUCGCCGCGGAGUGCGAUCUGUUCGAGGCGGGCCUGAUCGAGCUGAGGAAUCGGUACGAGACGAAGCGCAGACGGGACAAGCAGCUCGAGGAGAAGUUUCGCGCCGAUUUCCUCGAGUCGAAGCAGCCGAUGGCGGCGGAACACCUGCUCCGGCAUUAUCGGAAACGUCCGAGGACCGCGUUGACCGCCGCCUGCGGGACGUCGCCCGUGUUCCUUCGCGAACUCGCAGACCGAGUCCUCGAUUCGACGCCGAACCAAUCGGAGCUGCUGCCGCGGGACUGGCUGGCCUAUCUGCGUGGCUUGCGCGAUUUAGACGCGAUCCCGGAAGGCGGCCUGCCUUUCAGGAUAGAGGCUGACCAGUGGCGGGAAGCGUGCGGACUCCGGAGGCUCAAAGUCGAAGCGGAGAUCAAGAUGAGAAGCUGCGCGAUCGAGCUGGCGGAAGCGGAACAGAGUCUCGCGUUCUAUCGAAGGGCUUGCUCGAACGCGCGCGCGACCCAAGGUCGUCGCAAGGAGGCCAUCCUUAAGCUCGAGAAGGCUAUGACCGAGCUGCUGGAGGACCAGGAGGUUCGGUUGGUGCUAAAGACUGGACAGCUGCGUCAACAACCUCGCGGCGAUUCCACUUCCGAGUGGUCGGAAUCGGUGCUGAUUCCGCGUCGGGAACUCGAUCUUGUUGCCGAGGCUGUCGCUGCAGCGGGCCAACGAAAGCUCACCGAAUUGCGUCGGCUGGUCAACCUGCAAAGGGCCCGAUCUCGGGAGGAAUGGCGGCAGGCGUGCCUGCAAAGAACGAUGCAGGAUUUGCGAGCGAGCUUGGUCGACCUGACCAACGUCAAGGCGAGGAAGCUCGAAAGAGGAGGACUCGCCGAGCCAUCGAGCGUCGGUGCCGACGAGCUUUCGUCGGCGAAACUCUCGUUCCGGCAGCUGGAGGACACCGUGAGGAAGGAGAGGAGUAGAUCGCAGCGCAUUUCGGACGAGUCGCGAUCCUGGCGUAGGAGAAACGCGAAGCUGAAGCACCGGGUCCAGGAAACCGAGGCCGAGACGAAUCGGCUGACGGUUGCAGCACGCGACCCUUUUCGCCUCCAGGCUGUCGCUUUUCGCGAAAGAAGGAUGCGCGCCGUAACGACGAAGGCGAAACUCGCCAGAACGAUUCGAAGCAACUUCGAGGAGCUGCUCGUUCUCGAGAGCCGGCUAGAAAUUUCCAAGCUGAGAACAUACCCUACUUUGAGACUGAAGAUGUGAGGCGCGGCAGCAACGAUCGUUCUCUCCGGGAAAUCCCCUUGGAGAUCGUAUUUGCAAAUUCUAUUGGUCUCGGCCGUUGGAAUUCCUGGAACACGACUGUACUUUCCUCUUGCGCAAAGCCGGCAAGUUGUCACGCCCGUAAACUCGCGAUACGAACGAACGAGCGUACGAGCGAUUCAAGGUCAAAGAUUAUCGCAGCUAUCGAAACUUGUUUUCACAUGUGCUCGCAAUCCGUGCAGGGGUCGCCGUGGUAUCCGGCUAUCGAGACGAGUCGUCGCCAGUGACAGAUCGCAACCUUGACACACGGGGAAUUACGCGAUUCGUUUGCACGCGUCCCGCGUUGCAUAUCGCGUCUCGUCUUGCAUUUU